ACCCCCAGGCAAAGCUAACGUCAAACAGAGGGAUCCAUCGGAGAUCGAUCGCUGAUCACUUGUCGGAGAGAAUUAUUGAUGGAAGAGGGGACCGGGAGCGAGAAUAAGAACGGAAGGGAGAAUAGUGGAGAGCUAAGAUACCGGGGGAUACGGCGGAGACCGUGGGGUAAGUUCGCCGCAGAGAUUCGUGACCCGACCCGGAAGGGGACUCGCAUUUGGCUGGGGACCUUCGACACCGCCGAGGAGGCUGCCAGGGCCUACGAUGCCGCCGCUUUUCAUUUCAGGGGUCACCGAGCCAUUCUCAAUUUCCCCAACGAGCAUCAAUCUCUUCAUCCUCCUACUUCAUCACUGCCUCUGCCCCUGUCCUCUUCUUCUCGUGAUUCUUCCAGACUCCCGCCACCCGACGCCGACGGUGCUGUGGAGUUCGAAUACCUGGACAACAACUUGCUGGAUGAACUCCUUCAACAACAAGUUUACCCGCCACCCUGACUUCCCCAACUGAAUUAUUCUUGUAUCGCACAAUGGAAUCAAUUCGUUGGUUUCUUUUUCUUUCUUUUAUUUGCUUCUUUUCAUGUGUCAGCAAUUAAGUUUCAUGGUGAUGUAUUUUGUGAACACUGUUCCGUACCGUCUUUUCCCUAAUACUUUCAGUUUCACUAAUCAAUGAAUGUUGAUAUCUCCAAUCCAAAAUCUCAGCCCCGUGUGACUGAGGUCGGUGGUUGAUGUUCCAUUGGGGUCAUUUUAUUUUUCUCUGAAUUGAUAAUUAACACCCACGGAC